AUGGCACGCACCGGCUCCUACUUGCCAGUUAAUGCUUGCGGCCAAGACAUUACGGCUGAUUCGACGUUCCGGAUGCUCUCCUAUUCAGGCUCCGGCACCUGCUAUUGGAGGAUCAAAUCGCCUAACAACGGGCGAAUCCGGGUUCAAAUAAGGUCGCUACGUUAUGCAUGUGCCCUGAGCUGCGAGCAAUUUGUUGAGUUCAAAUACGGACUCUCGCUAGCGGCCACCGGUGUUCGAAUGUGCUGCUCGCCCACUGUAACCCAGUUCCUGAGCGAUGGUCACUAUGUUAUCAUCAUUUCCACGGCAUCUCAAGCUUCACAGUUUGUGAUACAGUACAGAAAUGGGAGGAACAACGGCCCCUCAAAGAUCUCCACCACGCCCAGCGGCUACAGUAUCUGUUGGAAGGUGGUCCGGUUGGGGCGGUUGGUCUGCGUGCACAGAAAAGUGUGGCGCAUGCGGGAGGAGGAAGAGGAAGAGGAAGAGCACGAGGAGGAGACUCAUUUGGGACACUCCGCUACAUCAUUCAUGACGGCUAUCCGCCAGAAGCGAAACGCCAACUACUGGUGCUGCGAAAGGUAUCUGGCAAGGGGAAGUGUUUGUGUCCACGUC